ACAAUAGUUGAAAAAUCGGAAUUUGUGGUUGAAAAAGGAGCCAACCCCUCGGUGGCAGAAAGUAAUCAUUCUGAAAUCAUCGCCUCCGCUCCAGUUAGUGUUUCCGUUGAAGGCGGUAAUUUGAAGAGAUCCGUGACGCCUGGGGAAACUGAAAGGGCUAUCGUUGAUGAAACCAAGGGAAGUUUGUUAGAAGAGGAAGAAGUCCUUGUAGCAUCCACGCAGAAUCCUGCCAACUCUAGCUUCGCGAGUGAUCGUGAUGGAGAUGUUGACCCGACUCCUAGUCCUGAUGAUGGGGCUAAUGAGGAAACAAUUCCUAUUACCACGGAAGUUAGCUCCGAGGAUUAUGAAGGUGUCGAAUCUGGUGGUGGCCUUCAAGCUUAUAUUGGCCAAGGAUUGCUUGGAGUGCCCGAGCACGGCAUUGUAGAGACUGAACCAGUAUUGUUGGAUGGGAUUUGGAUUGGACAAGUUAUUAUCGAAGAUGAUUUAUUCUGUUUGGAUGCGAAUCCAAAUUUGUGGAGACUUCGCAUGACCAUCCCCUCCAAUAUGAUAGGCCGAUUUUGUGGAACAAACGGCAUACACGUUAAGAACCUGAAGGCACGGUACCAAGCAAAGGUUCUUGUGCACUCGACCGAUCCCAAUGACACUACUGCGUUAUUGGAAGUAUCUUGUCCUCCGGAAUUCAAGGUGGAGGUUUUAAGAUGGAUUUCAUUCCGAACGAGGAGUCCGCAUUCUAUCACCAAAAUCGACGAUGCAACUAAACUUCUGCGCAAGCUUCCUUUUGGUGAACUAACGCUUGUCUAUGUUCGGUCGUGGUAUUCUCAGAAGCACCUAUUCGUCACGAUUGUGGAUAGUGUUUACGAGGAGUUUCUGAGGAUGGAAGCAGAGAUGAAUGCUGAUUAUGCUAACAUUGGGACACGAGUAUUGCUUUCCGAUCCAAUAUUUGUGAAUAAGAUAGCUGUUCUGAGAACUGCCACCACCUGGUCAAGAGUAUGCAUACUAGAUGUUGUGGACGGCAGCACCAGAUGCGCAAUUUGCUUUCUUCUCGACCAUGGCGUAUUUGUCGUUGUUCGCAUGGGCGAAUUGGUUAAAAUAAAGGAGCCGUAUAUGCAAAUUCCAUUCCAGGCAGUUUCGGUUGUGUGGGCCCAUGCUCAACCUAAUAUUGUUGCUAAACCAGAUGAUUUAUUGUUGCAAAGAUAUUUCAGCAAUGACAGUCUCUAUGUCUUUCCUGUUAGAAAUGAGACUUGUUGUCGUUCGGACGUGAUCUUUUUUAAUAGAAUUAAGGACACGAAGCAUGAUUCCCAAUAUUUAUAUCAAGAUAUUCUCGUCCAGGCUGUGAAUGAGGGCUAUUAUCGCUUUGCUGGAAAGUUAAUUUACCUUGAUGAGCAGUUUGAGCUGAAUGGAAGCGAAAGUGCCUACUAUUUCUGCCCCUACUCGGAUGUGUACGAGGCUUUGGUGUUUUAUCGAAUGUCCAAUGGUGAAAUUGUUAGGGCAUUGGAUGCCCCGAUGCCUAGACCCGUACCUAAACCCAUGCCUCAGACUGAGAACCAGCAACAACACCAACAAGGUCAGCCCGAGGACAUGCAGGAACAACAAAGGCAGUCACCUAUUCAGCACCAGAGUAAUAACCGAACUCCGAACGGUGACGCAGUGUCAACAGCGAAUGGAGAUGGGAAUAAUAGUCAUAACGCCCAAAACAGUGGUAACCGCGGCCGGGGACGGGGCAAGUAUGUUCCUAACGGCGCCUAUCGUCCAAAUCGCCAGAGUAAUACCCGAACUCCGAACGGUGACGCAGUGUCAACAGCGAAUGGAGAUGGGAAUAAUAGUCAUAACGCCCAAAACAGUGGUAACCGCGGCCGGGGACGGGGCAAGUAUGUUCCUAACGGCGCCUAUCGUCCAAAUCGCGGACGCCGAUGA